UUAUUUGCUUCCUUCAAGAAACAACCAAAAUUUGUUACCUAGUCCAGAACUAGUAAACAAUUCAUGAGAAAGUUAAUGUAAGCCAAGAAGAAAAGCCAUCUUUUUUCAUCUUGUUAACUUUACAUUUCCUUGAUGAAAUGGAUAACACUACAAUUCUCCCAAACGUUCACCAUGAUCACAAUCUCUCCACCAAUGGGUGCGGUACCACCACCCCAAACAACCCCUUGAAACUCAUCAAAGCAACCAAAUCCGAGUCUUUGUCUUCUAAACUCAAGUGUGUAAGGAAGAAAAGAAGUGCCGGGAAGAAAGACAGACAAAGCAAGAUUCACACAGCUCAAGGCCUUAGAGACAGGAGGAUGCGGUUAUCGGUUCAUACAGCUCGCAAGUUUUUUGAUCUCAAUGAUAUGUUGGGGUUUGACAAAGCUAGCAAAACCAUUGAGUGGCUCUUUUCCAAGUCCCAUAAGGCGAUCGAGGAGGUCACCGAAACCCUUAAAUCACAAGCUGCUGCUGAUCAAACAGUUAGCAGUGAAACCGGAUCGGUGAUGGAUAUCGCGGCUGCUUCAGAAAAAGAUGUUCAAGUUGAGGAUGAGAGUUCAACAAAACCUCAAGAAAAUAUGACCAAGAACAUUGGGAAAAUGAAACAGUUGUUUCAACCCGAUCCUAGUGUUGAAUUCCAUCAAUCUCAAUUAGGGUUUCAAGAAAAUCCUGACGAUGAUAACAUGAAAGAAUCAUCAUGUUAUCCUGUUGAUUUUUCAAACACUUAUCAUUUCCUGAAACACUUGCACUUGGAUAACACCGUGAGAAAUACUGAUACUACUUAUAUGGGGAAUAUUACUUCCAUCUCAUCCACAACUCACUCGAUAUUUGAUUACACAAAAACUAUUGCUGAACCACCAGCUUGUUGGUUGAAUUCAAGAAAUCCAUUAUUGGGUUUCCUUGGAGGUUGGAACUCAGAAAAUCCCAGAAUGGAAUCCAACAACAGAACUGUGCCAAACAUGGCGUUACUGAAUGGUAAUAUGUCCUCCAAUUUCAUAAAUUUUCAUUCUGGAAAUCGGGGAGAGUAAUGGCCGGCUUACUUAGAUCGUCAUUGCAGAAAAGUGAGCAACCCUUACUAUUGUUCUUUACCAUCAUAUUUUUUCUUUCUUGUUGAAGUAUUGAAUAAAUGAUGCUAGGCAUCAUGUACCAAUUAUUUUCGCUUUAUUGUCUAUUUUAUAUAAUAGAAAAAGAUAUGUUUUUUUCUA